UGCCAUCACUAACUCGUCGCCUCUCACGCCCCAUCUCUAACUGCACAAGCCAAAUUUUUUAGAUUUCUUGUAAAAGUUUCACGUUUUUUUUUAAAUUAAUCACUUCAGAAGCAUGGAAACCGCAAGCACAAGUCCGUUUAAGCCAAGACACAAAGAUAAGGCCGAAGAUAGGUAUCGAAUCGGAGCAACAGUUGCCUUCAUCGUGGUCAUCAUUGGCAUCGGCGUACCAAUGUGGUGGCACACCACAACCGUCUACAGAGUUGAUUUGCCCUCUUCGGGCAUUUUAAGCCUCAGCGAGAGCCCCAUAAAAACGGCUGUGCAAGUUACCAUCUUCACUCAGCAACCCAGUCGUGGCCAGUUGCUCAUCAGCGAACUGGAGAGUGCCUUCAGCGACAGUGAUAUAUGGUCUGUGGAAUUCAAGCAACUAUCACCGACGGCAAAGACAGUCCAGGAGGCUCAUACGCCCGCGGCCUUAGAAAAGCUAUUACUAAGGGAACACCCCCAGAGCAUGGGCGACUUCAUGUUCAUCGAGUGGCCCAACCUGCAGGAGGAACUGCUGCUCACCACCGAACGCUCGGCCCUGAUGCGAAGCGAUACAUCUUCCAAUAAGAUUGCCCAGCUGCUACAUGCCAAGAUUCUGCAGACAUAUCGUAUCAAUCAGAUACUGAGUACGGACGAUAGGAUGGGUAUCAAGUCGGAGGCCCCGCAGCCUACCUAUGAGGUGAUCGUCUCUGUCCUGAAUCCGAAGCCCCGGCUGACACACGCCCAGUGGAACAUUGCCAUGGCUGUAAAGACUUACAUUGAACCGUGGCUGGCACAAGUGUCUGGCGUGUCCAACUAUACGGUGCGUACGCAGUGGAAAUACCGCGUUGCCAUUGAGGCUGAGGUUAAGCAGGUGCGUGACCAAAGCCGCCUAGGACGCCACUACGCCCUGCAGGAGUCCGCCCUGCCACAUCUGCUGACCUCGAUUGCCCAGAACCUGAGUGCCAGCACCACAGAUAAGCCGGCCAUUAAUCUGGUGGUGUACAUACCUCCCUGCCACACAGCUCCUUUGCAUAUCUACAACAGCAAGGAUCAACUGCUAACGCGGAACGGUGUGGAUGCCUUCAUAUCGUCACCGUGGGGCGGUUUUAUCAUUGCUAAUCCGCCCGAGCGUGUGUGCCUCGCCGCCAUCAACGAUGAGCCACCGGUGCCCUAUCAUGUUAGCACCACGGACAACAUGCAGGUGAUGUUGGAUCAGCUGCACAAGCUGCUCGACAUUAGCAGCGAGUUGCAUAUAGACGGGGUCAAGGUGGUGGACAUUGAACAGUUGGAGCCCCGGCGCUGGGAGUACGAGGCGUACCUGCGGCGCAGUGCCAUUCGUCACAUAUCCACGGCCAGCAGCACGCUCCAGAGCCUUAUCAAACUUUUAGAUCAAAUCAGCUACAUUGUGAUAGACGACGACGUGGGCGCCGCCAUAACGAAUUCCUACGCCGACAUUUUGGCCGCCAAGGCCGCCCUCUUGGAGCACCGUCUCGGCGAUGCCUCGUCUUUGGCCAAGCGCGCCUUCGUGGCCUCGGAGCGGGGCUUUUUUGAUGCUAGUCUGCUGGCCCAGCUGUACUUCCCCGACGAGCAGAAGUACGCCAUUUACAUUCCGCUCUUCCUGCCCAUUAUGGUGCCAGUGCUGAGCUCCUUCAACAUGUUGCGCGGCGUGCUCCAGGCUAGGCGCAAGCAAAAAACUGCAUAAGCUCUAAGCCAUAACCAAAAAAUAGACCUCGUCAUUAAAACUGUUUAGUCGAUAAACUGCUACUAUUGGGGUUUAUUAGAUUUGCUUCGGUUUAUGUAGUACAUCUCAUUAUCAAAACCCCGGGGUUGGGUCCUUCUGCUUGCGCUGUGGUACUGUUCCGGCAUGUUUAAACUGUAGAUGGCCGUACAGAGGAUAUAGGUCACAAUAAUCCUCCCAAGCAUUCCGACAAAUUCACAAAACUUAACGAUUUAAAGCUUCCAAAACAUUUAAUUUUAACCUGUCACAAAAAGUACAUAUUUGAUAUUCAAUCCCUGGGC